CAGGAAGUUAAAGUAAAGGGUGUUGACUAUAUAUAUAGAAUAAAAAGUGGGAUGGAAUUAUUUUGUUUCCAUUUCAGAUCUGCUGUUCAACAGAUCUUUUUAACAAAUUGCUGUUCCCCUUGGACAAAAUAUAGUGAGGUACUCGUUCCACCAUGGACAGUCUUGCUGAAGCAAACAUCAACUUCACUGUGGACUUCUUAAAAAGGAUAGAAGAAGAGCAACCCAAUAAGAACAUCUUUUUCUCUCCACUUAGUAUCUCAGCAGCUUUAGGUAUGGUCAGUUAUGGUGCCAAAGGUAACACUGCUGCUGAAAUGAGAAAGGUCCUUCAUUUUGAUAAAAUCACAGAAUCCAGGACGUCUACAAACUUGCUUGUUCAAUGUGACAAACCUGGUGGACCUCACAACCAGUUCAAGGAACUCCUAUCAGCCAUUAACCAACCUGCUAAAAACUAUACAUUGAGCAUAGCCAAUCGGCUGUAUGGAUCGAACGUUUAUGAAUUUCUCGAGCAAUACCUAGGGUGCAUUAAAGAACUUUAUAAUGCCGAAUUGGAAAGAGUUGACUUUGAGAAUGCCGUUGAGGAAGCUAGAAAGAAAAUUAAUUCCUGGGUUGAAAGCCAAACAAAUGGUAAAAUCAAGGACCUGCUUCCUCUUAACUCGCUUGACCAAAAUACUGCAUUGGUCUUGGUAAAUGCUAUAUAUUUCAAAGGAAAGUGGAUGAGGCAAUUUAAUCCCAAGGAUACACACGAAGCAGACUUUUGGACCAGUAAGGAGCACAGCAAAAAAGUGCAAAUGAUGGCUCAAAUUGACAAAUUUAACUAUGCUAAAAUAACAAAUCCACCAAUGGAAGUGCUUGAGCUUCUCUAUGAUAAGGGAGACCUAAGCAUGUUCAUCUUUCUACCGGACAAGAAUGGGACCACAAAAGAGAUUGCGAGGCAAUUCACUUAUGAAAAAUUUCAAGAGUGGACCAGUUCAACAAGCAUGCAGAAGACAGUGAUCAGGAUUCUCCUGCCAAAAUUCAAGUUGGAAGAAAAAUAUUUGCUCAAACCUACUUUAAGUGAGAUGGGAAUGAAGGAUGUGUUUAAUUCAGGCAAAGCUGAUUUAUCUGGCAUAUCUGGACAUCGGGACCUGGUUGUAUCUCAGGUUCAUCAUAAAGCCUAUGUUGACGUGAACGAAGAAGGUACUGAAGCAGCUGCUGCUACUGGUGUAGUUGUAGUUCCUGUAAGUGCUCAAAUGUUUCCCCAGGUUAUUGCAGAUCACCCUUUUUUGUUCAUGAUAAGACAUAAUGCCACCAAGAGCAUUCUUUUUGCUGGCAAAGUUUUCUCACCCUAAAUACUAAGUGCUGCUACAUUAAAAAUAUAGCAUCUGUUGUAAGCAACCAAGGCUUCUGCAUUCCAAAUUCCAUUCUCAACUUGGCUAAUAAGUUAUUUCCUCUUAAGAAAGAGGAAAUUGUGAGCUACAGUUUUUAUUUGCUUACUGAGCUAAAAUCCACUUUACAUUGAUAUGUGUGCGGAAUCCAAAGUAUACAAAUCUGUAUGUUCCUUGUGACAUAGGGCCCUUAACUAUAGAGAGCCUGACAUACAGGAAGCAAAGGAAAUGGGGAGUGGGGGUUUAGCGACUCCUAAAACUAACUCCCACAAAUUAAGCCUCAAGCAGAGAACCUUACAACCUCUUUGAGAUUGAUAAUGUGUAUUUUUUUAACAAUAGAAAUAUCCCAUUUAAAGUUUGAAAUCUCAUAAAGUAGGCCUGGAUCUCAUCAAUGUCCCAAUAAUUAAUUGGCAUACACACACACACACACACACACACCACACAAUAUAUUUGUGAUGGAAGAAAUAUGAGAUAUGCAUUCUGUUAAAUAAAAACAGACGAAACCAAUAUUUCAAUUGAAGAGUGCAGUAAAACCCACUACUAACCUUGUUGUUUCUGAAUAUAUAAGCUUCAGUGGAUGGCUUGCUUAAGGUACUUUCUGAUUUCUGAUUAUGAAAUUUAAACUUGAGUACAUAGUAAACUGCUUUGUCUUCCAUUCAUAACUAAAAAUCAGUGGAAAGACGUUUUGGAUUGCCUGUCACUUAGGAUUACUACUUAUGUUUCAAGUUGGUUUUAUUCUGAUUCUGUCCUCUAUCCAGGCUAAAGUUAUUUUGUGAUCUCUUGAGUAUAAAACUACAAUAGUAUCUUAAUAAACAUAUACAGUACAUCAAA